AUGUCGGACCCACGUCCGCUGAAACGGCAACGCAUUUACCGUGCCUGUGAUCAGUGCCGUCGACGUAAAUCGAAGUGUGAUGGGGAACAGCCCGUUUGCUCCAUUUGCAGCCAGGCUAAUCGGGCCUGCACCUAUGAGACUGGCGGGGGCCGGCGAGGACUUCCAUCAGGCUAUGUACGGAGCCUGGAGAUUGCCCUGGGCCUGAUCUUUCAGCAUGCUCCGAAUACUCCGAAUACAGUGCACAAUGUACUUCGAGACUCGCGAGGCCAGGGCAAUUUCCUGACAAGCAAGCUUGCAAAACGCUCUGUCUCAGUUUGGCGAAAAUCCAAAGCAUACCGAGAUCUGUCACUGCUGAUUUCACCGGGGUCUGAAGAUGAGGUGUUCGAUGAUUCUGAGUGGGAGCCCGGGGAACCUGUGGGGUCUCAGGAUAAUGACGAGACUAUGGCCGAUCUUGAUAGUACGCCAUCAAAUCCAGAGGCCGCUAAGCCCGAGACUAUUCGAAAGCUACCAAACGAUGUGUCACACUUGAAUAUUUUCAUGAAUGUGCAAGUGCCGGAGAGAAUAUCGGAUCUUGUCGACUUUUAUUUCACCUACACUCAUUGCUGGUUUCCAAUCCUUGAACGUCGUUCGGUUUUGCGUGCCAUGCACUUGGGCAACGGCAAUAAGAACGAAAUUGCUCAAGGAGACUUAUCAUCCAGAAUGGUAUUAUGGUCUCUGGUCGCAUACACAUCGGCUAUGCGAGGGAUUGAGCAACCAGGAACACCUAACUUAUUGACCAUUCAACUUGCCAUCGAACAGCAAGCAUUGAUGCGAUGGGAAGCUUUGGACCUAGGGUACAUUCAGGCGAUGCUCAUCCUUGUAUUGAUGCAUAUAGCCAUGGGGAAUAUCAAUCAGGCAUGGAGAUUAGUUGGAAAAGCAUCGAGAAUGCUGAUAAGUUUCUCACUGUCUGCGAGAAAGACCCGUUUCAACCACGUUUUCAAUGCGUGUGUCCUUCUGGACAACAUUUUAUCGGCUAUACUGGGGCGAGCUCCCUGCCUUUCCCAGGAGGAGCAAUCGAUUUGUGGUCCAGUCGAAGAAGAUGAUUUAGAAGAGUGGGACGUGUGGUCUCCGUCUCAGCCUGGUAUAGAUGGAGAGAGACUGAGAAUGCCUGCACCCUUACGAGCAUUAAGCAUAUUCAACAACAUUCAGCAGCUCAUGCAACAACUUUCUCGGACCUUAUACCGCCCCUUGGGUCUGUCCGGUAUUGAAAGUCUUUUAAACGAUCUACGAACAAAACAGAACGCCCUUUCUCAAAGUCAUCCAUACGACCGACGAAAUUAUGCCACCCCUUCACUCUUGAACCUCCAUCUCGUGUCAGCUUUCACCAUACUUUCAAUUUAUCGCAGGUUUGAGCGGGACUCAUCUGCGAUUGAAGAUUCAUUUCAAAACACCAUUCACCAUAUACUUGACAUUCUGGAUCAUUACCGCGAAAUCACCGGGGCAGCAGGGUCAUCACCUCUCAUUCUCUGCUUCGCCCUGCAGUGCCAAAAGUCCCUGACGAUUGGCAACUUUUCCGAUACCCGACCCCUUCAAGAUCGAAUUUCCAGCUUCUUACACCCCCUCAAACCAAUCAAUCACGCAGAAUGGAACAACCAGAUUUCACACUCAAUCCUCCCCAUCCCUUCCCUCGAACAAGAAACCCAACCACCUGCCACUCUUGAAAAUCCACUAUCAAUUCCCGCAAUAGCAGAUCUCUCAAAUUCAACUCCAUUACCAUUCAUCCCGCCACAGACUGAGCCCUCAUCGGUCAUCAGCGUUCAAACCAUCCCAUCAUCCAACGAAUUUCCAUCACUGCAGUCCCUAGGCGGAACCGGCGACGCAGAGAUGUACGACGCACUCUUCGAGGAAAUGGUCACUUCGUUCCCGGCCAGCAGGCAAGAACCCGACUUUGCGCAGAACCUCGGCUUCUACGACGGAGACCUAGACACAGAUUUCCUAGCUCAGCUACAACAUCCACCAAUGAGUUAA